CUUGUGUCCAAUCAAUGGAGUGCGCACCUGUCAGUGCUUCACAAACAGGCCGGCGUCUUUGUUCCUUUUUCGUGAAAGAAAUCGCUAUUUCCCUAAAAAUUCCAAAUGAUGGCACCACAGAAAAGACCGGCUGAAGAGGCAGAGUCUCUUUUAGUUGGUGUUCGAUCAUUAUUGUUAGACAUUGAAGGAACUACUACUCCUAUUUCAUUUGUAGAGAAAACAUUAUUUCCUUAUGUGACAAAUAACAUUGAGAGCUAUCUCAAUAAAAACUUUGAAAAUGCAGAUGUACAGAAAGCUAUUGCAGCACUCAGAGACCAGGCUGCAAAAGAAAAAGAUGAAAAAGUUGAAGGAGUCGUUGAAAUUCCAAGUGGAGAUGCUAGUAAAGAAGAUGUUAUUAAAGCAGUCAUUGACAAUGUGAAAUGGCAGAUGGGUGAAAACAGAAAAACCACUGAACUGAAAGCUUUACAGGGAUUGAUCUGGAAAGAGGCAUUUGAAUCCUCAGAGAUAAAAGGAGAGUUGUUUGAAGAUGUUGGUCCCAUGUUGAAAAUGCUAGCAGAAGAAGGAUUUAAACUGUAUGUGUUUUCUUCAGCUAGUAUCCAAUCACAGAAGCUUUUAUUCUCAUAUUCCAAUCAAGGAGAUCUUUCAGAUGUGUUUUCUGGUUACUUUGAUACAACAACAGGAAGUAAAAGAGAUAAGGCCAGUUACAAGAAAAUUGCAACAGAAAUAGGACAUGAGCCUAAAGAUAUUUUAUUCCUUACAGAUAUUCCUGAAGAGGCAGAAGCAGCCGUGGGUGCAGGAUUACGCAGUGCACUUGUUAUUCGACCUGGCAAUGAGGAAUUAACUGAUGAAAAUCUGCAAAACUUUGCUUGUAUAGAAAGAUUCGAUGAGCUCUACGGGGAUGAAGAUGAAGAAGAUGAUAUUAAGAGGUUUGCUGGUGGCAAUGGAGAAGCUGACGACGAUGAUGAGGAGGAGGAAGAGGGUGAUGAAGAUGAGGAAGAAGAGGAAGAAGGUGAUGAUGCUUGAGAAGUUGUAUUUAGUGAAGAUGCCUAUAAGAAGUCUCAACUGAAGUUCAGUAAAUGUAACGAAUGAAAGAGCAUCAACUGUUUGUUAAUGUCUACAUUUUGAUGUUUGAUGGGAAGAAACAAAAAAUAAAAGUAACUUGCAACAUUGAACCACUAUUGUUAUUACAGCAAGACUUGAUACAUGAAUUAAUAUAUUGAUGAAACUUUUUUUUUUUUUUUUUGACAUCAGUUGAAGGAAGGAUAGUGGUUUUUUUUUUUUUUUGGUCAGUUCUAAACUUGAAAGUGAUGUACAUCUUCUACAUUGAAAGUUUCACUAUUUAUUUUUGUGUCUUCUAUGUACAUCAUUUUGUGCAAUGAAAUUUGAUACGUGGUGCUUUAUGUUUGCAGAUAGUGCUAUGAUCAUGAUUGGCAGCUCCUUUAUUCUGACACAAUUUUUACCUUUGUUUUUAAUUGACUAAGUCAUUCAUGUAUAUGUUAUAUCAAAAGAAGCAUCAAGUUGGCUGUAGGUUUUGUUUGCUGCCAAAUAGUCAUCUCUACCAAAUUUAUAUAUAUGCCAUAUCCUUGUUUGAUGUUAAGAUUCCCAUAGAUGCAGUAAAAUAUUUGUAUCUCAACCAUUACAAAAACAAAUUAGCCACUGUUUUUAUUGGGUCUUACUAUUUUUCUCUCUUACUACCCCACCCCCAACACACUUUAAAAAAAAUAAUAAUGAAAUAGUAGUUUAGUAGGGCAUUACAUGAAGAAAACUAAUGUCCAGUGACUGACAGUCCAACCCUUUCUAUUUGUGUCUGUAAUCAAAAGAUCAUUCUGUUGGUUUAGGAUCUUUCUUUUAUUGUACAAAUGUUAAUAUCACUGCACAGGUAUAUCAACAUUUUAUUUUAAAUGUCAAUUUUACCUUUUUUGUGUUAGAAAAUGUCUCAAUUGAUGUUAGGGACUGUUUUUAACUCUUCUUGUGUUCAGAAAGGGAGGUAAUUACCAAACUUAAAGGAAGACUCCUAGCAUUCCUUGUUAUAAAGGAUAUGGCUCUUUUUUUUUUUUUAAAUCUUUUAGAUUGUUUGGCCAGGUACCAGACAGUAAGAUUGUAGUGUUUUUGUUUGAGAUUUAGUCCAUUGUUUUCUUGAUGUAGAAUGUUGUAUCUAAGUAUGCAGAGAGGGAGGGCUUCCCCUUCUGUUUCUCCACAUGAAAACAAAGUGGUGGCACUUCAUAUCAUAAAUGGAGGUAAAAAAGCUCUCUUCUUUUUUUUUUUUUUUUUUAAAUCUUUUGUAAAACGUUAUAACCUUAUGUUGUAAUGAACAUGAACAAAAUUAUGUAGUUUCAUA